GUUCCAGCUAAUAAUAGUAGUACUAGUAGUAUUUAUUCAUAUUUCUCUAGGGCAGUCCCCACAGACCUAGGCUAUGGUCUCCUUACGGGGUACCCUAGCCAAUCUAGGAUUGCGAUACGAAAUUGACUUGGUGAAGGAGCAAGGCGGACCGAUGCCGGAACCGAGUUCCAGCGGUCAGCGGCUAAAGAAAGAGAGGAAUAACCAAAUCGAGAGGAGGCUCGAGGCAGUAGCUAAUCUGCCCAGAUAAGACAGAUUGGAGUCUGGAGCCAAUGGACAUGCGCGAGCGUAGCUUCCGUUCACGGAUCUCAGUCUAGUCGUGUGCUCGACGUUCGUCAAAGUAGAUUUUCGCCCGUAGCGAACCGAGCCUCGUGGCUUGUAGUUUGACUUAGCGGUUUCACUGCUCGGAUUGCAGUAGGGUUCGUUGUCGUUGGACCUGUCGGGAGGGGUUGUGACAAGUGCUGCAAGUGUAGAGCAUACCUAGUGCCUGCAAGUCGCGGACAACUGAGAUUGGAAACUAACGUUUCGUCUCAGUAUUUCAGCGGACAGCCAUGCUUGAAGCAACUCCUCUGUCAACUCAUAGCUAUGACAUCGUCGGCUAGGUUCUUCCUCUGGUGUUCGAAGGGACGCGUACAACGCAUCAAGGAAGCGCUCAACAAGGGAGGGAAUAUCGAUCGUUUGUUGGAGGAGCGCCAUGGCAUGUUCCUGUACACACCACUACACGUUGCAGUUGUGAAGGACCAGCACGAAGUGGUUGAGGUGCUGGUGAAGUUCUACUAUGCAGACGUGAACUGUAAGAGUGGCAACGGGUACACACCACUGCACUUGGCUGCACACCAGGGCUACCGAGAGUGCGCCAAGCACCUACUGUCCGCCUCUGUCAGCGUGGACUUUGAGCUGCGCGACAGCAACAACCGCAGGACGGCACUGGAGGCCGCACAGGAUGCUGGCAACACGGACAUUGUGAAAAUGAUCCGAUCGGCAGCUCUAUUUCAAGCUGUCAACACACGAUACGAGGACUGUGCACACAUUACACGGCUUCUCGAGCGAGUCCAGUGGCAAGAUUUUGAGCCUGGCGUGUUUGAAAAGUGCCUAACAGUGUGUGCUGCCAAGGGUUUUCUGCUGGCGGCAAGUUUGCUCCUCAUCAGGCCACACAGCCGCUUUGACGUGAAGCAUUUCCAGAAGCUGUCGCUGGAAAACAACCACUUUCUGCUGGGCGCGUUCUUCAUGCUGUUCAAAGCAGCCAAGACUAAUGAGCCACAGCUCUUCAAGCAAGUCGAGUCAUCCACGCUGGAUGAGAAAUCCAAAUCUGAUGAACCAGCAAAGCCAGAUGAGCUUGCCAAGCCUGCUGAUACAGAUGCUGUGGCUGCCAGCAAAGGCUCCCGGCCCUCCACGAUCCAGUCCGGCAGCGGCGAUACCAGCAGAAGCAGCUCACAAAAGUCGGAUGAGCAGGCCCGUCGAUCCUCUAUGGUACAGCAUGCAAUCGAGGAGUGCCUGUCGGAUGUGAAUUCCCGCAUGUGUCUGAUGGCAGUUGCCAAGCGCAAAGGUCAUGUUCAGGUUGUGAAAGAGCUGCUGCUAAGACACAAGGCAAACAAGAAGGCGCACACUGUCGGCUGGGAAGGACUGGUGCUGCGAGAUGUGAACAGCACUUGGAUUGCUGCAGUGGCUGACUGGGUCACUCUCUUCAACCUUAACUUCAACUACCUUAGCACUGUUCCCAAGCAUCUAGCACAGUGUUCGCACCUGACCAAGCUGUUCUUGCGCGGCAACAAGCUGCGCACCGUUCCCGACGAGCUGGUCCAGAUGCUGGAGCUUCGCACGCUGGACCUUUCGGCGAACGACCUGACCUCGCUGCCCGAGUGCAACUGGACCGAGAACCUGGUGUAUUUGAAUGUGACGCAGAACGUGCUGGACAGCCUGCCACUGGGUAUGAUGCACUGCAAGGAGAGCCUGGACACGCUCUACAUCAAUUCAAACCAGUUUACGAAAGUUCCGGAGCUGAUUGGAGAGCUGCAAAGCCUUCAGUUCCUAGACCUCAGCCACAACCAUGCGAGCCUUAACACACUGCCCGAUUUCCUGGGCAAUUUGACCUACCUACACAGCUUGGGCCGGGCUGGGCUCAACAUCACACAACCACCCCGGGCUAUGACCAUGAGUGACAGCCGCCUGAAAACGCUCCUCCGCCAGCGACAGCAAGGCUGCAAGCCGUACUAUGGCAUGAAACUCAUGGUGGUGGGCCUGCCUGGAAAGGGAAAGACAACAUUGAUAGGACGCUUGCGUGGCAUCCCCGUCAUGAGCGACAUGAGCACCGUCGGCAUCGACAUCAACGAGUGGAACUACCGACCGCCGGAGAUUGCAGAUGCGGCGGCGACGGUGACGCGUCUCAAGGAGGACAUCCAGUACCGAGUGUGGGACUUUGCCGGCCAGCAGGUCUACUACACCACGCACCAGUGCUUCUUGUCCAGCCGCUGCGUGUACGUGCUCGUCUGGAACGUCAACGAUGGCCAGCGCGGCAUCGACGAGAUGAGCCCGUGGCUGGACAACAUACGUAUGUGCGCGCGUCACUCGGUCGUCGUCAUCGUCACCACGCACAUCGACGUGAUGCUGGAGCAGCAGCAGGAUGCGCGGGUGGUUGUCGAGACGGAGGGCAUGCUGCAGAAGUUUGCGUCCAGAACGCCGUACCGCGAGAUGACGAUCAAGAUUGCACCGUUGGUCAGCGAUGUGCAGCAGAUACGACUGACCAUCGUCGAAGCUACAGUAGCCAUUCAGCUGAAACGCAGUCACAAGAAGGCUCUCGGAGAAGAGAUACCGAAAUGCUACAUUGACUUGGAGCAGGUCAUCGUGCAGAAACGCAUGGAGCUGAGAGCUACCAACGCACCUCAGAUUUUGAACAUUGAUGAACUGCAGGAGCUGAUCAGGGGGAAAGGAGUCAUCGGCCUCGACCAUGACAGCGAGUUGGCUAUGGCGGUGAAGUUUCUACAUGAGAAUGGCACGCUACUUCACUACGACAAUGCAGCUGACCUGGAGACUAUCUACUUCAUUGAUCCACAGUGGCUGAGCGACAUGAUCUCGGCGAUUGUCACGAUCCGAGAAAGAAAUCCGCAUCCAUACGGUGGCCAGGGCCGCCAGCAAGGCGUCAUGCUACGUGAGAACAUCUGGUCCAUCCUCUCUGAGAAGUCCUUCCCGCACCGGUACGAGAUGGAAUACCUGAGCCUGCUGCAUUUCUUCGCCGUGGUCGUCUUCAUGGACAUCGAGAGCUUGCUGAUACCGUCGCUGCUCUCCGACAACCCUCCGCCACCCUCACCACUGCACACCAGCCAUACCACCACAGCCGGCAGUGGCCGGAAUGAGGCGAAAGGAUCACUGCAGAGGCGCUACUGCAUGGGAAGCAUUCCACACGGUCUCUUCAGUCGCAUGUCGGCACGCCUGCUCUGUCAACUCGGUCCGGAGCUGAAAGCCCGUGGCAUGCUGUUGGAUGACUGGCUAUCGCCUGUUGGAGGCCGUAGUCAUUCAUCAGGCAACGGUCAGCAACACUUGCCGUCGCCGCACCAUGUACAUGCAGGCGAUUGCGGGGAAAGCUGUGGCAGCGCUGGCUCAACCGACGGCCGAAUUGUUGUGUGGAAAAGCGGCCUGAAGUUCGAGCAUGGGACGGAUCUAGGAAUCCUGAUUCGGGAAUUUGAGCAUCCAAGCUCGGGCGGUGCGGGAAUUGACAUAAGCAUCCGGGGCGCUCAACACAGUCGCUACUUCAUGGCUAUUGUCAUCAAUCAGAUCGACACACUGCUGAGAGAGUGGUACAGCGACAUCAUGGAUGAUCCGCUGAACCCGCUCAGGGUGGAGUGUGGCUGUCCCGUGUGCAAGGCCAGCAAUCGCAUAUCCAACACCUUCCUGAGACUGAGCGAGUGCAAGCAUAAGCUAGAUGAGGGAAAGUCGACACUCUGGUGCUGGGGUCACCGUGGUGAUGUUUCCAUGGCCGAUGUAGUACCAGAACUUCUGAUGGAGAACCUGCCGGCAGAGGUGUUGCUGUCGUCCUCGCGAGUUCAGUGUGACUUUAACGACAAGGAUAACCAGUUAGGUGUGGGUGGCUACGGGCAAGUCUACAGAGGCUAUGCGGACGGUCAGCGUGUUGCGGUCAAGGUGUAUCGGGACCGGGACGGUACUCUGUCCGGCUACCGGGAACUCUCGCACGAGGUGACAAUGCUACAUCAGCUGCAGCAUCCGCACAUCGUCCGCGUCGUCGGUGUUGUACUUCACCCACUCCAGUUUGUACUGGAACUGGCACCGCUCGGUUCCCUGAGGAGCCUGACAAAGGAGAAGAAGAUGUUACCAAGGUUACUUCUAUACUCCAUGGCUGCUCAGAUUGCCGAGGUGCUGCAGUUUCUGGAUGAGCGCUCUGUGGUGUACCGGGAUUUGAAGAGCGACAAUAUCCUGGUGUUCUCCAAGGACGUGCGAGACAAAGUGAACCUGAAGCUGACAGACUUUGGUCAGGCGUCGGCAUGUGCUCCGUAUGGGAUAAAGGGCAUUGGUGGCACGUGUAGCUUCCAAGCGCCGGAACUCCUGCGACGCGUCACGUACACCCGGAAGGUGGACAUGUACUCGUUUGGCUGCGUCCUCUGGGAGCUGCUGACAAACUCGCGGCCAUACGCUGGGAAGCUCAAGCACGCCAUAUUCAGACGUGUGAUCAGGGGCGCAAAACCGAAACUCGAAGAGAAUGACUGCGGCCGAGUGGACAUGCCGUGUCUGGUCACACUCAUGGACCGUGCCUGGCAUAAGAGUGCUAAGCUGCGACCGCAGGCCAGCGACACGGCCGAUUUCCUGCGCAUGCGCCACGUACAGCUGCUCAAGCGUGAGCAAGUCAUCAUGGCUGCCGCCGCUAAUCCGGACGCCAUCUCAGCCAAGCACAUAGCUCAUGUGCAGUCGCUCAACACCGUCUUGAUCAUCUCAUCCAGCGUUCAGCCAAGGAAGGGUUGCCUGGUUGAAGUGCUCGAAAAGGACUCGCUCAAGCUGUUGGGAACCACUGGUCUUCUCUUGCCAGGAAAUGAGGUCACGAAUGUUCUGUUGGUGAACGAGGCCCUGUGGAUGGGCACAACGUCUAGCUCCACUGCUAGUGUGAUCUCAGUGGGUCGGGUGUCGGCCACCUCCUCCAGACCUGUUUCGCCUGAUGGCUCGCUGAGUGCAUGCCCGGAUCACCGGCCAGCCGACGUGUCCUGUAUGGAGCAUUGGCAAGGCACUGUGCUGAUUGCGGCCACGUGUGGCUGCAUCUCGUCAUUUACCCACGACCAGGAACACCGCUGGACAUACCGACUGGAUCAAGGUUUUGCGUCGGCCAUGCUACGAGCCGGCGCUCAGCUCUGGGUUGCCUGUGGGCAGCGCAUACUAGUGCUCAGCGAUGAGACCGAGAGACAUCUCACUGUAGCAACCACAUUCCUCUCAGCUACCGAGUCGUUGGGCUGCUCUGAUAGCACUAACUCGCAUCUCAAGUCCCUGCAGUCAGGACUGGCAUGCUCGUGGACCAGUGGAUGCACUGAGCUAUUGCUGUGGAAAACAUCGUCCCUGACAGCAACAGUAACACCAACGACCACAGCACAAACCCUGGACAGUGCCGUUGCCAGUGGCAAUCACGGAGUUGACGUGCCAUCGAGAAGGAAACUGCUGCACAUUCAGAUCAACAGCCGCACCGCCCCCAAGUCAGCUGCGCUGUUUGGAUGCAGUGAGGAAAAUACUUCCAUAUCAGACGUUGUGCUGGCCAACAAAUGCCUGUGGGUUGCCAUGUCAACGGGCCAUGUCUUAAUCUACAAUCUCCAAGGCGAUGUCUUGACUUGGAUUAGGCCGUUCAAGGGCAAAAUCCUCUCACUGGCCAGACUACACAGUGACAUGGACACUAUCAGGCAAGAGUCUGUGCUGGGACUAGGACUGGAUCCAUCAACGCCUCAGAGCAUAAUAGGUGUGAAUACUACAUGUGCUGCCACCACAGCCACCACCACAGCCAGCAGCAGCACUAAAACAGAGGGACGACCGAUCGCUGCCGUGGAUGAUGAAGCCAAAGAAGAGAGAGCUGCAGCGGCAUCGCCAUCGCAGCUGAGCAUCCCGACCGCGUCCUCUGGCCGCCGCUCGCCUUAUUCCUCGUCGACACACUCCCCCACGGGCAGCAGCAGCAAUACCAUGGAGCUGCGCAGCAUCACCCGACGACUUGCCACUAAGACCCCUGCACCCACUGGCACUGCCGUAGUGCCGCAGUCAGCCAUGCUAUGGGAUGCGGUGGACGAGGAGUUGCUGCGCUUACUGCAUACCCGAUCAAGACAUCCAGAAGAUGAGAAGGAACCGACUGCACCUGAACACUAGAAGCAGCCACUUGUCAACAAGCAAACCAGCUUGAGCUAGUAGAAAGGAAGCUGUACUCUUUCAAAAAAAGUUUCUAUGUAGUUUUCCCCCCUUUAUAAUUUAUAGGAAGUUUGCACAUGGUAGCCUAGAAAAGGGUAGAGUGGAGAUGUAGACAAUGUGCAGCAUAAAGUGUAUGACCUUACGACUCGGCCAUGAUGUACAUGUACUGCGCGUGACCUAUGGACAAAUGUGUUUGCUGAUCAGACAAGGAGGCACUGCUGUCACUUCUUCCAUUGUCCACAGCGGUUCAUUGACCUACUCCCCACAAGUUUGCUUUGGCUGCAUAAUCAACACGGUUUAUUCUAUCACAUUUCUUGCAUUUGCAACCACGGUGAUGUUUGCUGGUAAUGUGAUAGACUGUGAUAUUGCACAUAUUGGCACAGUAAUGUGAUAGACUGUGAUAUUGCACAUAUUGGCACAGUAAUGUGAUAGACUGUGAUAUUGCACAUAUUGGCACAGUAAUGUGAUAGACUGUGAUAUUGCACAUAUUGGCACAGUAAUGUGAUAGACUGUGAUAUUGCACAUAUUGGCACAGUAAUGUGAUAGACUGUGAUAUUGCACAUAUUGGCACAGUAAUGUUUCGUGUACGUGUAUGUGUGAGCUAACGGAUUGUACUGUACUGAAGUACGUAGCAAACAUUUGCCUAACUUAUCUUCAUCCUUGUCUUCACACGUAUGGAUUCAGCUACACAGACACUGUAUUGUACUCCUUUUCUAUUUAACACCUUUCACCAGCGCUGAUGAUACUCUCCACACAUUGAGACAUUUUUGCACACUUUUUUCACUCUUCCCAUCACUGUCCUACAGCACCUCAUGGUAUAUCUACUUUUAAAAAUCGUUGUGUUUACAUUUAUCUUUCUGUUUCACCCUGAUCGGGUAAGGCCCGAACAUUCGGUGAAUAUUUCAAGUGACGUAUGCGGCAAAGAGGCCGUGUUUGAGUG